GGAAGGAAGUUGCCACCACUGUGCUAGAUGGGAGUGCUUCAGUGGCAUGUGCUUGAUUUUAAGAAAAUCAGAACUCUUCAGGUUAGCUCUAGGAGUACUCACCAUGUUUAUUUUAUGUUUACCUGAGUUUUUCAAAGUCCAUGAAGCUAACACUGUAGUUGUAUCGUGCAUGGAUUCCUGUUCAUUAAAUAGCACCACCUUUCCACUUUGUACUUUUAAUAAUUCCUGCAAAAGAUCGCUGCAACAAAAAAGAGAAAAUCAGAUUGUGUUACUGAAGACCAUUGUAAAUCAUUCAAAUUUCCAGAAUAUUCCAUGUAUUUGCCUGUCUUCUAGUAGGGAACAACAGUCAAAUACUAAGUACUCAGAGUCUGAAUCCAGCAGAGAUGUGAAUGUUGAUCAUCAUGAAUCAAGAUCAAUAGAUAAAAAAACCAAAGACUCAUCUGAAGUGAACACAGAAGAUGCUAUUUCUUUUUAUAAAUAUUUUAAUUUCACCAUGCUUCAUGCAAAUGAAGAAGUAGAGCAUAGUACCUACUACAUUCUGGAAAUCCACAUCAACAGCUCCAUAGUCAGAGGAAGAAGUGCAGCUGAAGAAUACCUAAAUCACUCGUGUCUAAUGGCUAUGAUCAAUGACCAAAACAGCUGUAUGAAUAUUUCACUGCAACUGAAGUCUUACAUGGAAUAUCCAAUGUGUAUGACGAAGAUCAUUUGGCUCAGUAUGAUUCCAGUUGUUAUUGUCUUGACUGUUUCAGUUGUCAUCUACAAAAUAGUCCAAGAGAAUGGCCAAAACUAUUGUAAGCACAGAGGAACAGCAACAUUUUCUACUGAUCAAGGGAAAAGUGGUUCCAGACUUGAUAUAAGAACCAUUUUUGCUACUAAAGUUCAUCAAUUUCCUGUGAAGGCCAACAAGCAACUGAUUCCACUUACUGCACGUAAGAUACUGCCCAUAAUUCCUGAACAAGAACUCUGUCAUCUGAGUACAUCAAGUAUUGAAGAAGGACUGCUGGCAUCCAGGAGAAGUGAAUGCAGUAUGUGGGAUAAAUACUCAGAACAUGAUUAUUUAAUGUUAAGUGACAUUGGAUGGAAAGAUUAUUUAAGAGUGUGGCUGGAGAAGGACUUGCUUGUGCCUGAAGAAACAAGAAUUAGAUCUGCAUCUUGUCUUCCACUGCAACUGGAUUUUUAAUAACAUUUCUCACAGGAAUAGUCUCAAAGCUUAAGAAAAGCACUAUCUGUUUUAGUCUUGCUUCAAUUCCUGCAAAGAAACACUUCCUCCUUCAACCAAAAAUGCAGCUGAUUACUACUUAUGUUUGUGGGUGGCUCAGUAGCUAACAACAUUGGAGUUACAGCUUGCAGGAAAUUUUGCUGGCUGGAAGUGCAUCUGGUUUCUUUGGAUGUGAAAGGAGGCCGUGAUCUACUUCUCUCAUGUGUGCUAGGGUCAUCUUCAUUAAGUCUGUAGCGCUUUGGUCUUUGGUGGCAAAGAAUAGUUUGCUCAACAAGAAAGAGCUGGCUGCAUUAAAGUACUGCACACGAACACCUAAGUACUGAGAUUGAAAAACAAUAUGAUUAUUAAAUUCAAAGAACUGACAAAGCUUUUCACAGAUGUGAUCAACUUGAUAAAAUCUGAUUGGUUUGUUUGUUUGACAAGAAGGGUAGGGUGGAGUAUCAGAAGCCUCUUGAUCAAAGAACAUCAGCUUUCUAUCACAUUCUCAGUUGGUUCCCCAAAACACGUGGAUUGCAAAUCACAAAUUCAGGAACUUGGAGUCAAGCCUGUAGUGAGGAAGGGUUCUAACCUGAGAUAAAAAUCUGCCAGAGCUCCACUGGUUGUAGUGCUCACAGCUGUCCUUCUCCAGAUCUGACUUCAGUCCUACUGUAAAAAUUACUACAGUGCCUGCCCUGGAUCUCUGAGACCAGUUGGUAACUCAAGAGCCAUGAGUUGUGUUCCUAAAGCUAACGUGUGCCAAUUCCCCUGCAUGCACAUAAGCUUUUAAAUCACUUGUGUUUUACACUUCUAAAUCUUGGCAGCCCAGGCUGUUGGGUGAGCUCUCAGUUUGGCCAAGGCACCUUCUCUGAGGUUGCACACUUUGUAGAGGAACACAUUUGAAAAUAACUCAGCUGCUGAGAUGUUUUUCAAGCAAACCACUUUUCUUUGAGUGAUGCUUUUUCUGGAUUCCACAUAGCUGAAUCUGCUUGUAGCAAACAUCAACCACAGCACAGUGUUUAUCUGUUUUUUCUGUAAUGACAUUAGCUACACAGUAAGCGCAACAGAAGCUGCAAGGAGCAGGAAAUAAGUAGUCUUCGUUUUGUUCGUUAAGAUUUCAGAAAGAAAUAAAUCUCAUUUUUAACAAACAACAUUGCAUUCUGUGUCCAUCAUUUUUAAGGUGUGAAAUAUGAGAGGACUUUUCGUAGCCUCCUAAGUCUUAUUACCCUUGAGAGCUCUGAAAUGAAGGUUUGAUAAGAUUCAUUUUUUAAUCCAUCUAUUUUACUGCUUUUAAAUCUUCCUGGGAAGGACAUCAUUUAAAAUGUUGUGGGGACAGGAGAAGAUGUCUCUGUUAGCUAUGUUAAACUUUGUCCCCAACAUGCUCUACUCCUCAUGACAACGUACUAAAUCAAAGUAAGUAAAAUAUGGGUGAUUUCUUUCUGAAUGCUUAACAAAAUGAAGUCUGGCAGUGUGGUGGUUACCAAUGGACAGGAAGUAAUUGGGACUAUGCAUAUCUCUAAGCAUACACAUACCAACAGGCACAGAAGAAAAUAUUCAGCUGAUAGAACUCUCAACAACUUCUGCAUCCAUAUACCUUUGACAAAAGAGAAUCUUUUCAGUCUAGGUAACUUGAAUAUCUCUGUAUGUUUUCAAGAAAACUAUUAUUAUUACAUUUAGUGCUGAAGUUAAGAAUCCUUCUCUAUUUCUGCCGUCUUUCAUUAAACCACCAAUAGCAACUGUCCUGAAAAAAAUGAAUGAGUGAAGUUUCUCAGGUGCUGUGAGACAGUUCUCUGUUUAUAUGUGACAGUUGUAGAUGUAUUUCCUAACUGCUGUCAAAUGGUGACAUAAGAAUUACUGCAGAGUUCAAGGCUGUUGUUUAUUUGGUUAGAAAGCACGAGCAUUUUAUUCAGGGCAAACGUUUGAAUUAGUAGGCUUUUCAGGGACAGGAUGCUAGAAUAAAGCCCUGGAGACCCAACUUCUUUUUCAGUUUCUUCUGGUGAGUCUUCGUUACUAAUUGCACUGUGACAAGAAAUGUUUGCUCCCAGCUAAAACUAGGAGAUUGUGUUGUUUUUUUAACUUAUGAAGCACUACUUGCAUCAACUUGUACUCUUAAUGAACCCUACUGGCAUCAGCUAUUAUUUUUAGCAGUUCUAAAAUGCUAUGAUGUUUAAGAUGUUUAUCUGGGUCUGUUGCUUUUUUUUUUUUAAAUCUGAGGUGUCAGCAAUGAAUAUUCUUUUCUGUGAUAAAGGAAAAGAUAGAAACAAGAAGGUGCAAUCCAGGAGAGCAGAUCAGAAGGAGACAAGACUAAACUGAUAUAUUAAAGCUAGACUUCCUUUACUUAAAAAAUUCAGCAUGACAAACCAUAAGGAAUCUAACAUUUCUGAAUGCACCUGAUUCAAUGACAGUUCCCUAAAACAACGUAGGGAAAAGAAUUAUUGCAGUAAGAAUUAAAAGUGAACAAAUAAGAGUCAAUUCACUGUGCUCAUUAAAAAAGCCCUAUAUAUGGUGACCAGCCUAUCUAGAGGUAUUAGAACAUUCAGCAAGGUGGUUUUGUUGAUGGUUGGCCUGGAAUCACUGUUAUGCAGGGAAGGCUUUAGCUACACUUGUUCUUUGAGGCUGAAGCAAGCAUCCAUCCCUUGGUAGUGGUCUGUCCUCCCCAAAGCAGACUGCUUCAGGGCUCACUGGCCUCUCCAGUGCCACAGUCACACUUCCACCUUGCACUGAUGAGAGCAGAGUAACAACCUCAUGUGUAUGGUUUGAAAAGUAUUGUGAGCCCACUCACAAUUUUUGUCCUCUGCCUUUUUAAAGGGAAGCAGUGUUGUAUUCUCUGUCUCAAAAGGAGCAUUAAAGGAUUUCACAGCUGACUAAGGACAGAACAGUGUUCUGCCUUAUUAGGGGAAAUUAGAGAGAGAUGCUGAACUGACAGUUCUUGUUUGAAGUGCUGUCAUUUUAUGAGGGAAGGGGAAGAGAAAAGGAAGGAGGGAGGGAGAGAAAGAGGGAAGGAAGGAGUGAGGGAGGGAGAGAAGGAAGAGAAGAAAGUAGAGAGGAAGAAAGGAGGAAAAGGAAAGAAAGAAAGAACAGGAAAAACAGGAAGAAAAUGGAGGGAAGAAGGGAGAAAGAGAAAACUGUCUUUCAGUCAACUGUCGUGGACAUUUAUUAUUAUUUUUUAAGUGUCCAGGGUCAUGCUCUGGGCUGUCUUUAGAUCAGGUUCACACAAUUUGGUCAUUGUUACCCUAAGCACUUUAUUUACUGCAUCCGUCUCUUUGACAGUUAGUGCCCCAAAGGACAAGAUGAAAUAAUCUUACUGUCCUGCCUCCCAUUAAUUCUCUUAGUAAAAGUGGUUGAUGUGUCAAAGGCUGCAUAAUAGCUAAUGAAAGUUCCGCAUCAGCAAUUGCCAACAAUUUUAGUGUGCUUCCUUUUGCCAUCAGCACUUUCAUCUCUCUUUAUAGAAAGCUUUCAGAUCUUUGAAUACGUAAAGUGCUUCACAUCUCUGUAUUUCUGAGUGACAGAUAGCUGUGUAGUUAAGCAAGAGAAGUUGGUCUCCCAGUGAAUGUAUAAUUUAAGGCACAAUCUUAUCUUCAGGUGAAAUGAAUUAUAAAAUUGGAACAUAAGGUAGAUGACAGGUAACUGACAGGGAGGAUGCACAGGGGUGGAACAUAUAUGGCUAGAAAGAUGAAAAGCACAUUUACAGAAAAUAAAAGAAGUUGAUGUAUCCUUUUCAUCUCAGCAGUCCGAAAGCAUGUGGACAUGUCACCUCCCAUGCAGCGCAAGAGAUCAGCAAGUAAGCUCACAUGAGACAAUUUGAUUCCUACCCAGCUACAUUCAGAUUGGCAUCACUGCCGUCAUUUCCUAAGGAUAUCUCCUUUCCUAGCAAUGUAGAAAUUCAGCUGUACAGAGUCCAGUUUAAUACCACACUAACAUCUAAUCUGCUGGUCUAUUUAGGACAUUACCUGCGCUUGGGCCCAGGCCCCUUCUGCCUUCCCAAAGAGAUAUUCAUAUAUCUUCAUUGCAGAAUUUGUAGCACAGAUAGGAUAACUAAAAAUAGUUUUGCUUUUCGGGGCCCUGGGCAGCCUGAUCUGGUGGGUGGCAGCCCUGCCCAUGGCAGAGAUUUGUAAGUGGAUAGUUUUUAACUAUCCCUUCCAGUCCAAAACAUUCUAUGAUUCCUUGAUUUUCCUUAUAUGAUUGUGACUUCACAUAAAUGUUCUCAGAUCUAAAAGAGCCCCUUGUUGUAUGUUUUCAAGCAAGACACCCACACAAACAACAGAAGACACUAAUUAUGCAGUGGAAACAGUGAAACUAUUCAAAACAUUCUAGUAGAGGAAGCACAGAGCAAGUGUGCUUGGAAGCAAGAGUGAGAUUAGUUAGGCUCUUUUUGAAAACUGUAUUUGUAAAGAACAAUGGGUGUGAUUUCAAAUUGAUGAGAUCCUUCUAGAUUUUUUGAAAAGCAUCAUUUGAGUGCUCAGAAGUGCUAAGUGUCUGCUGAUGAGAGCCAUAAUAAAAUUGGAUGUGAUGAUGCUGAGUUCAGCCACAUCUGGAUUUUCCAGUUGGCCAUUCUUGGAACAUGAAAUUUUAUUUAUGUAUUAUGCUUUCAUGAAUUCCCAUAGAUAGCAAUGAAAAAAGAAUUAUGCCCAUAUGCAGUUCUAAAUUCAUUUGAGGACUACGUAAAGUUACUUGAUCUGAAAUUAAAUUAUUAUUUUUUUAAGUAUCACAAAAGAUAAUUCUCCUACUGUUUCUGCUCUUUUAAUAGAUUCAAAUCUUUAUUACUCAUUUAAAUUAAAACUCCUUUUAGAAAGAAAAAGCUCACAGAAUCAGACUGCUGAGCGCAUUCCAGGGUACUUGGCAUGAUUAUUGGUCUCAGCUUAAAGUGCACACUGUUUCCAAGACAGACAUUUGAAAGUUUUUUGAAGGGAAGCAGUCCUGCAUGCUUGCAGAACUGGACACUGUAACAGGCACUGUACAGUCUGCUUGAAACCUCUGUUCCAUUAGAUGGCAUCAAUUUUUGAUGCAUUGUAUCCUGCCUACACAUUUGCUAGAUUGCUUCAGCAGCUGCUGCCUCCAGUAUGAUUUCACAGCCAAAGAAACACUUCUUAUCCUAGUUCUCACAGCAUAAAGGAAAAGAGAGACAGAUGUUAUUCAGCCCUCAGCUACAUGAACUAUCAGAAUGGGUGACAAGCUGCAUUUGCUUUUUCACUCAGUGGAGAGUAAGUACUAAAGAAAUGCAGCGCAUUUUUUCCCAAGCACUUUUUAGUUUCCUGAAAACUAAAACUGAGCUUGAGUUGGAUCUGGGCAUUUUCACAUCUUGUCUCUGCAUCACAUGCGUCUUCAGGAGCUGCAGUCCAGCUUUCAAAAGACUCACUGAUGAUUACUAUACAUAUACAAAUAUACUACGUGAAAUGAAAUUGGGCACAGGUCUGCAAGUUUUCAUAAGGAUAAUUUAACUUCUGGCUGAGAAGCACUAAGUCAGAAUUACUUAAUUAACUUCUGAACACUCUGCAGCAGGUGGAUCAGUUCACAAAGAGACAUCCAGGAGUUGGCACUGAGAGUCUGUGGUAUUUAGGCAGUUAUUACACAGAACACUCCUCAUCUUGCUGCCAGGAGAGGAGAUGAAAUAACUGAACAAGUUCCACUCUCAAGGAGAUGAUCAUCACCUACCUUUAAAAGAGAGUUCCAUAAUGAACUGUAUGAAGACUGCAGAAGCCCAAUUUGAAGUACUUUACAACUUACUGGCUCACUGAGCUGGGUGUAUGUGGCCAGUGCUCUCCCAUGCAGCUUCUCUCUGCCUACUGGAUGCUUUUAGACAGCCCCAUGCUGCCAACGAUCCCUGAAAAUGAGGGCCUGUGGUUCUUUCUGGAGUUCCUCUACCCAAGGACCAGGUACCUGAACCAUCAUUCUACUGAUAGGUGUCUUUUGUAGCUCUUUACCUCCAAUCUGGUGUAUAUCCUCUGUGUAAAUAACUGCUUAGUUAGACUUUUUCUUUUUUUUUCCUUUCUUUUCCUUUUGUAAUAGAGGAAAAUUAAUUACUGUAAAUGUGAAAGAAAUGUAGCAUUGUGAAGGCCACUGCAUUGACAUUUAAGAAAAUACUGCUUUUUAACCUCCUCUUAUUUCUGAUAUUAAUGUUUUUUUUCAUUUCAGGUGGUACCAUAUGAAAUACAAUUUCUAUUGCAUGAAAGAAAGAAACAAUACACCACAGAAGACAGCAUCUCUAUUUCCAGUUUGGGAACUCUGUUAUCCAUCUUUUUAGGAGAAUGCCAGCUGUGCAGUUUAGUUGAGAAACUUCAUUUUAUCUAGCAGAACUACUUGGUAUUAAGAAAAUAUGAAUAAUGGACGAACACACUUUGCUUUAGAAUCAACUUCAGUAGUAAAUUAUGGAUUCCCAUCUAUUUUCUGUUUGUUCAAGAUUUAUGCUUAAUCAUAAGGUCCUGAAAUAAUCCAUGCAAUAAUUUAUUUUUCUAAGUGGGAGGAAAUUUAUAUUCUCCAUAGAAUGAAAUACUGAUAAAAGAUAGAAAUCAACCUAAGUUUUCAUGAAAUGAGUAUAGUUUUCAGCUUUUUUAAAUCUCUAGGUGACUGAGAUGCAUAAGAAAAAUCAUUUUUGGCUGUUGAGGAAGAUGGCCAACAGAAUACAGAAGGAGAGAGUUCUGCAGUACAUUUUAAUUUCUGCAGCAAACUAGGAAGACUUUCAUAAAUUCUGCAACAUCUCAGGGGAUAAAGAAAAAAAGCGUGGAAAAUUUGUACGUUUGGCUUAAAUCCACUAAAUCAUUAUUACUGUUUUAUUUUAUAAGCCAUUAAGAUGCCAAAUGGGUUUUGUACUUUUUGAAAAAUUGCAUUUCUAUUUUUUGGAUUAGCUUAGGUCAUUAGCAUUCAAACUCAUUAUCUCCUGGAACUUUUCCUUACUUUCCAUUUAUUACUGCUCCUCUGAGCAUAAUGGAGCUGUUUGGGCUGAGCAGGGUCCCAAAGUCAUUCGGCUCUAACACGUUAUUUGUGCGUAUAAUCUAACCAUAAAUUAGUAGGCAGAGACAGAAAUUGCAGAGCUAGGGCUUCAGACUCCCUUGUGCUAAAUCCAUCAGGAUGAACAGAUUGUAAACUGCCCGCUGCAAAUAUGAUAUGCAGCAAUUUAGCGUCACGUUAAUACUUCAUAACCUCCAUCCCUUACAUUUAUAUAGCUUUUCCCUCCUGAAGCUUUCUGAAAUUGCUUCUCCAGCCACUGCACUGCAUGAUGCAGUUCAGAUUUAAUAGGAAUAGUUGUGAACAUUAGCUUCAGAAUAAUUUGAGCCCAUAUGGGUUUUUUUAAGUUUAGUUGUGCAAAACUGUAGCAUUUGUUUCUGUUGUUUGUUACCAUCUUGUAAAAAAAAGUCAAAGAAAAAUACUGACUUUGUUGAUGUAGGGGCUUUUCAGUUUCAUUGCUUAUCUAUGCUAAUAACUUAAAGCUUUUCAGAAAUUGAUUUUUUAAUGCGGUCUAUAAAAUAAACCUCCUUUUUUUCCCCCCCUUUCUGUGGAACCGCUACUUCCAGAUGGAAGGGAAAUACCUAUCGAAAGUCACUGUAGAAUUGCUAAGGCUAUUUGAGUCAGUUUUUGAAUGCUUCAGAUGAUGGCACUAUCUAUCACUCUUCCCCUUCAGUAAUCCUGGGAUUUUGGUGGUAGAGAUAGCCCUGCUCCUUGUGACCUCAAUUUAAUUUCCUUUCUCCUGUAAUUUAUUUCUUCUCUCUCUUGUUGUUGUUGUUGUUGCCUAUAGCCUCCUCCUUUUUUUCUCCUUGGAGGGAGGAAUUGUGACUUUAUUACCCACAGUUAUCCAACAGCUUUCUAAGUGUUUUACUACUUUGAAAGUUUGCAUCUCCUGAGUUACCACUGUGAGACACCAAGAACAAGAAAAAGCUUUUAAUCUCUCUCUUGAGUAGAGCUUACCUUGUUUUGCAGGUAGGAUCCAAACUGUAGGAAAGCAGAGGCUCUUCUCUCAGUCUCUCACAGGACACAUGCCCCAGGCACAUUGGCUCUCUCUUGAUCUCACCCCAGUUUACUGAUGCUUCACUUCCAAACCAGAAGCAAUCAUGUAGGAGCGGGCUCACGAGUGCCAAGGUGGAUUAUCAGCUCACUUGAGCUGCUGGCAGUGCUCUCUCUAAUACAGCUGAGGAGACCAUUGGCCAACCCAACUUGCUGUCUUCCAAGGCUUCUUGGUCUCUGUUGGAGAGCUGCUUCCCCGUCAGUCUGUCUGCUGGAGUGGAGACAGUUCUUCCAUGUCACCCACAAAGAAGCAUGAUUCAAGGGUGCGUGUAUACAAGCUCCCUUGAUUUCCUCUCCUGGAUACGAAGGUCAUGCUGUUAAAAGUUGCCUUUUCAUGAGGGUCUUCCUGCUCAUUACUCUUUUUCACUUCUGUAUUUGAAAAGAAAAAGCUUUUCUAGGUUUUGAGAGUGUUGUGAGAAUGAAUGUUUUUGCCAUGGAGGCCCAUCUGUGUACGGCAUGAAAACAACCAGGAGCAGCUCUGUAGCCAGACUCAUUCCUGAACCUUGAGGAAGCAUCUCAUUUAUUCAGGGCAACCUGGUUCCUGCUGGUGAUGGAGCUGGCACAGGCAUAGUGCAGGCUGCUGGGUAGGGGCAAGGUUAAGGUGUCCCCCUGAAGGAAUCACUCCUUUGACUGUUUCCUGAACCUGUUCAAUUCCACUGAAGGAAGAAGGAGGGGGCUAAAAAGCAACUGAUUUGCUCAGUCAUCUUAACCCCGUCUUCAUCCUGAGUUUUUUGGAAACUGAACAUGUGAAGAGAAGAAGGAUGUCUUGGUGCAGCCUCUCAGGCACAAGGUGAGGGUUAGGAGGAAGAACCUCAGAAGCUGGUGGGGGAAGUAGGUGUGGAGGUGAGGUGGAGCAGAAUGAACAAAAAUGACAGAAAGGCAGAGCUGAUGGCAUACAGGAAUGUGUGAAAUAGUCAUGGGUGAGAGGGAGAACUGAUGAGGGGACUGAAGGAAAGAUGCUCUGUCACCUUAAGAAUAAGAAUAGUAAAGGCUGCUGAUACAGUGAGAUAAGCCAGGGCAGUAAGAAUAACAGUUUUACAAGUCUAGUGAAUGGCUUGAGAGUCAUUUAAAGGUGUGUAAAAGUUGUUUGAUUUACCCAGCAUUCUGGCUUUCAUUUAAGUGACACUGUCUGACUCCAGAUCUGGCACCUUUUGUUGAAUGCCUUUCAGCUUCACCCCUUUAGCACAGAAGAGGAAUAGCUUACAUUUGUUUGAGUAAUGCCUUCACCCCUUCCUCUUUGCAGCAGCAGCAAAUUCAGUUCACUAAGAAUUACAAUGAGGCCUUGCUGCAGACUUUUUAGACUCUUUUGCCCAUUAUUGUACUAUUAAAGAAGAAAUAUUCUUUCACUCAUUUGAAAGGCAAAAUGAAUAGCUGGUGCUCUUUCUUGAGUCUAUUAGAGCAUCUAUCCAAAAGACAGUAAAGAGAAGCUGUGAAAAGGAGAUCAAAGUGGGUAGGCUAUUAAGUUCUUAGCAGAUCUGUGCUCAGAGACUUUUGGGGUACAGGUGAUAAAGGGAGAAUGAGCACUGCAGAUCUAGCACAAUCAAAUUAACUGUCUUCUUUCCUUUCAGCUUCACUGCCUUUAAUGUUCUUGUCUUUGCCUUACUUCCUUCGACUCCACACAGAUUUUUCCUUUACUUCAGAAGUGCUGUUAUUCCAGUUCUGCUGGAACUAAUCAGAUGUCAUCUCCUGUUUAUUUUGAACAAUGCUGAAGAAUUCUUUGAAAGACUCUUUUCUCUAGUACAACCUUGAAAAUUAUCUCUGUUUUCAGACAGUAUGCCCUUUUUUGCCUUUAAAAAAUAUCUUUCCUCUUCCAUCUGUUUAAUACAGGUCAAUUUUUGAGAUUUUAUUGUCUUUUUUUUUUUUUUUUUUUUUUUAAUGCAAAACAGCACACCAUCAGCAAUACAAUUCUAUAAGCACAGCAUUGUGAGUGCUGAGGUUGGUAUCUGAGCAUAGAAAACGUACAGGCUGCACAAUAAAGCAGCUGUUCAUAUUUUCAUAUUCUCAGCAACAAAGGUUGACCUGAAACAGAAAAAAAUGCAUCAAGUCCAGAGGGCUUUCCAGUCAGACUAUGAAACUCAAAGUAGGUCAGACUGGCUGAGGGUGUCACUUUAAGCCUUGCUCUCAGAUGGUUUUUAAAAGAACUCAGGAAAGUAGUUUUCCACUCUUUACAUUCUUUUGAGACUAACAGAAAGGACAGGGCUGUCAUUUGAGAUAGAAGCAGAAUGUCUCGAAGAUAAUCCUAUGAGCAGGGUGACUGCUUGUGUGCUGAAAACCACUUCUCUGAUUCUAAAAAAAAAAGGGGGGGGGAGGGGUGAAAAUCUGUAUUUGUCACUCAAAAUAUUGUGGGGUUUCAGACUCAUUCAGAUCACUGUGAAUUCUGACCAGUGGGUGACACUGGAGACAUUAAAAAGAUGUCAAGUUGUAAUAAGUGUAAUUUUGUAUAUAAAGGUAUAUUUUAGAGAAUGAUAUUAAGGGCUUCAGUGGCUGAUCUAAACAACGUGAAAGAAGUAGAAGAGACAGUUCUUUGGUGUGGCUGUCUGAAGCAAUGGAUGCUGGAGCGUAGGAACAAAUCACAGGGAAGAGAUGUUUACACAUGAACAGACUACACCCAGUAGUUCAACAAAUGCCAGAGCACACUCACUGUUCCGACUAGGAAAAAGGUGAAAGAAGGAAGAAUUUCCCAUGAAAGUUUAUGGCAACAUCUGUCUUUGUCAGGCUCUCAAUAAAAUCCCCUCAGUCAACCCAAAGGUACAUCACAAAAUCAGAAAUACUUCACUCAGAACACUUCUCAUCAUGUUAUUCUUUAUAACACUUUUUGGUACGCUGUCCCAGUUCUGUGUCUCAAAUGAUUUGACUGACGGAAAUAUACAAGCCAAUGUAAAUAAAAUAUUCUGGUUACAUAUAUGUAGUGCUUUCUAAUAAAAAAGUAUUUGCCUAAAAUUGA